UUUUUUUUUGCGCAACUUUUGUAUUAUAUCUGCAGAGAUAAAAUUUGCAAUUGAUAUUAUUUAUUUUUAAUAGCCGGUGUUUAAACUUUCGCAACAUUCAAACCUCAAUUAUGGAGGCCUAAGAAAGCAUUAAGACAAUCGAAGAUGUGUUUCAUUGAAAAUGGUUAAAUUAAUAAUUUUGUUUAUGUUAUCAUGUGCUCUCGUUCAAGGUAGUGUAAUAACAUCAUUACUGAGUUACUUUUCAAAUACUUAUCAAGACAAUAAAUCACCUGUUCGCCAUAAAAGAAUUACAUCUGAUAAAGGAAGGUCUGAUGUCGGACUUCAGUCAGGAUUUCAUUUUCGUAAUGAUGAAUUUGGGGAAGAUCCUGACAAGGGUUUUGCAGAAAUUAUAAAAAAUGCACAAACUUUAGAGAAUAGUAUUAGUAAAAAAGCUACUCGUAGUUUAAAUGAAAAAGUUCCUGAAAAUUAUACAAAGACAAUAUUUGUUGAACAAAGAGUAACUUUAACAAAAAAAAAAAAUGACGAAGAUGAGGUAACAAAAGUUCCUCACGGUAGAAAUUCACACCAAAGUGAAGAAAAUGUAAAUAGUAGAGAAGAGAAAGAAAUGUCUUUGGUUAAAAUUUCUUCACAUGUUGUACCAACAGAAAAAACCAUAAAUGAAGGUAGUGCCAGUGGUGAGGAAGAAGAUAGCCCCAUAACAGAAGUGAGUACUUGGCCGAAGGGAACCUAUGGACUUCCAAAGUCUACGUAUGGUUGUCCUAAUACUUAUGGUUUUAAAUGGAAAACAGGCUUUCGUUAUCACGAUACAGAAGAUGAUGGUACAGAAAAUCAACGAUCUGAUUUUUUUCAUUUAGCUGCUAACUUCUCUGAAGAUGGGAUAAGUCAUGAGUUUUGUAUUAAAGAUGAACCUGAAGGAGAGGGGAACUGGCCAAAUGGAAAGUAUUGCAUUUACAAAAGGGGACCAUCCUGCCCCUUAAACCUUAAAGAAGGUUUUGUCAUUUGGGAUGAUGAGAAUACUGAUAACCAAAAUGAUAAAGGUGGUGCAUUGCCUGAAGGACAGUACACAGAUGAUACUAAAAUAUACUUUUGUUGCAGUACUGCUGGAAACACAGAAACUCAAAUUUCUUUACCAGCUAAAAAACCAUUUUUUCUAUUUGCAUACGAAUCAAUCAAAUGUCAAAGGGUUUUAAACAUGAAGUCAACAAGUGAGUUUAUUAAGUUUGAUGAUGAAGAUCAUGGAAACACAGACUACGAGUCAGGAUUUUAUCCUUAUGGAAUACACAAAUUUCAAAAAGACCACAUGUUGUUUUUAUGUUAUUAUGAACCAAGUAAACGUGUUGUUUCAUACAAUGCUGAACCAUCCCUUCUUGCUAAUCUGGAAGAAGAAGACUCUCGAAAUAGUGCAGAACUUGAUCAGGAAACUGUGCGACAAAGUGAAGAAAUGAUGAAAGCAUUUUUAAAAGCCACAGGUGGAGAAGAGGAUAGCUCUGCAAAAAAGGAACGAACUAAAACCAUUAUCAAAACAAUUAAGGUACCAGUAAGUGGUAAAACAAGUCCAUUUGCUGUGAUAAUUGGAAUAGUCCUUGGAAGCUUAGUUCUUGGUAUAACGAUAAUAAUUAUAGUUCGUAUUGUUGUUGUUAAAGAAAGUAAUAUACCAACAAAAAAUGUAUGUCAAGAACAUUUAUCUCCGGAUGUCAAACCGAUAAUUGAAAUAGAAAAAAGUGAGUCAACUCACCGACCUAAUCAAAAAGAUGAUGACAGUGAGAGCGAACACGGUAGCGUUUCAGUUUAUACUGAUAACGAAGACCAUUGGUCUGAUUUUGAAUGCGAUGAAGAACUAGUAGAAGAUCAACUUUUACCAGAUUCAGAGUUAAAGUCAGGUUUAGAGCUCCUAUUUUUAAAACAACAAAGACAUUAUUGGAAUCACAAAAGGAGGCACGAACGUGGAAAAGACUCUUAAUUUUUUUAUUUUUCUUAUAGAAUAUUUUGUGAAUUAACCAAGUUAACUCUUUUUGCGCUACCCUAACGGCACCAUGCUUUAAAAUCUUUUUUUUUUUUUUUUUUUUUUUUUUUUUACUGUUUUUAGACGACCUGACAAUCACUGGUUCAAUUUUAGAAUUGUUUUGCUUUUUUCUUAUUUUUGUUUCGAUUUAUGUCAGUUUUGUAAUAAUCUAAAAGUUUAAACUAAAGACUUCAGCUUAAAUGUGCUCAAUAAUAUGUAAUAUGUGAUACAGACUAUUAUUUUUAUUAAAAUAUGUAAAUAUUUUUUGAAAACCUUUUUAUGAAUUUAAAUCAGAUGAUUGUGUAUGUGUUGUUUAAGUGAGUUUGCUUGUUUAAUCAAGUUUUUUAAACGCAAGUAUAUUUUAUUUUGUAAUAGUUAAAAUGCUUUUAAAAGACUAUAUUAGUUUUAAAAACUUUUUAUAUUUAAAGUGGUCUUUAAAUUUGUUUAUAUUUUUUGUUCUAAAUGUCCCUUAACUCAUUUGUUAAUGAAAAUGUUAACUUUUAAUGCU